AUGUCUUCCGACGAAGCAGACACUCCUCGAUCUCACAAUCCCACUAAGCCGCCUGCGGCCAAGAAGCAACGCGUGCCGCGUGUGGGUCUUGCGUGCGAUAGAUGUAGGAAACGCAAGAUCAAGUGCAACGGUACCAUCGGCGGGGAAAAGUGUGUCUACUGUGUACAACUCGGCUCGACUUGCGAGUACAAGCAUGCUAUGCAAAAGUUUCAAGUUGGAUACGUGAAGGCUUUGGAGAAUCAAAUCCUUCGGUUGAAUAGUGUUCUUCGUCGACUGCAUCCCGACGACGAUUUCUCCAGCGAAGUUGGUGCCUCGCUCACGGAGGAUAACUGGGAUACGGAAGGCUUCAUAAACGAAGGCGAUCCCUCGUCCGCAGACCAGGCGCCGAGUUUGUUUGUCUCGACACAGACAUCGACUGCGCCGCCUCCCAGGGCUCAACCUCUCGUCAAGGCGGAAGAGGCAUCAGAUGUGGAGGGUGAUGAAGCGAUGAAACUGAGUGAUCUAACGGACGAGUUCCAACACUUGACUCUCAGGACGUACCUUGGACCUCAUUCGAGCGGGGCACUCCUCGACACCGCACUUAACAUAACGUUCGAACGAACUGGUGCGCGUCUAUCGCAGAGCGACCUCUCACGGUUCGGAAGGCCAAUAUUUUGGAGGUUCAACUCUUGGGAGUACCUGACUAACCGCGUCUCGCUCGAUUUCCCUCCACCGGAUCUCUUCCGUUCGCUCGUGGACCUCUAUUUCGAACACCAAAACCUGUACAUGCCCAUCCUUCAUCGGCCCACCUUCGAACGACACCUUGCUGCACGCGUAUAUGAUACUGACAUCUCAUUCGGUUUCCUCGUGAUGCAAGUUUGCGCAAACGGUGCUCGCUACAGUGACGACCCCCGAGUCUUACUGCCCGGAGCCGGUACGCAGUCGGCUGGCUGGAAAUGGUUCGAUCAAGUUCGCGGGCAUUCGUCCAUGCACAACGGUACAUCGCGUCUUUUCGACCUUCAGUCUAUAAGCCUCGCCACGGUGUACCUCAUGGGGUGUUCGGCGAUACAAGCAGCUUGGGUGUGGUGUGGUCAUGGCAUACGUCUCGCUCAAGACGUCGGCGCGCACAAGAAGAAGACCUAUAGCGCUGUUCCGAAUGCUGUGGACGAACAGUUCAAACGCGCAUUCUGGGUUCUCGUUUCACUAGACAAGCAUCUUAGCGCGUCGAUGGCAAGACCGUGUGCGACCACAGAUGAAAACUUUGAUCUCGACUUCCCAAUUGCGUGUGACGACGAGUACUGGGAACACCCUGAUCUUUCACAUGCAUUCAGACAGCCCGAGGGUCUGCCAUCACGUUUGGAUGUCUUUGUGCAUUACCUCAAGCUCUAUACGACUGUGUCAAAGGGCAUAAAUCUGAUAUUCGCCAGUCCCAAGGGUCGAGCUUUGCUUGGAGCCGAGGACGGUCGCUGGGAACAACCAACUGUCGCGGAUCUUGACUCGCGCUUGAAUACGUGGACCGAUAACGUGCCUACUCAUCUACGCUGGGAUCCUGGUGGUAUUGAUGAUGUGUCUCUAUUGCAGUCGGCGCAUCUCUGGAGUCGCUUCCACAGCAUGCAGAUCACUCUGCACCGCCCUUUCAUUGCUCCGCGAGCAGGUACCCCGAAGGGAGUCACAGAAGAGCUCGGCUUCCCUUCGUGGUCGAUAUGUCUAAGCGCCGCACGGUCUACAGUGCGCAUCAUCGAGUGCAUAGAAUCCCGCUUUCCGGGACGACUCUUCCCUCUGAUGCACAAACCGGUGUACGAGGCAGGUAUGAUGCUCUUCCUGGGUAUAUGGGGAUCGAAGAAGUUCGGUGUUGCGCCCAGAGUUGAGGAGGAUCUGCAAGGCAUAUACUCCUGCGAGCGUUUCCUCGAGACGCUUGAGACGCGCAUACAUCCCGCGGGACGGCACAGAGAUGUCAUCAAGGCUCUGCUAUCGCUCGUCGAUGUACCAGUAUCAUCUCAAUCUGGCGUGCAGAAGCGCUCGCUGGACGACUAUCAUGCGGAUGGGGGAUUUCCUGCGGAGAGUACACAGGAUUCCUCGGGGACUCUGGCUUCUCUGGACGACUGGUUCGCUGGAGCUCAGUAUGGUUCUAUGCAACCCUCGCUACAACAUCUAUUUGGAUCGAUCACCGAUCCCGCGAAUGGAGAAGGGGCCGGUGGCGCGGAUAUUAUGAACGGAAUCCCGGACCCGCUGUUUGCACCGGUGGGCUCUGAACCAUAUGGAACCGAGCACUCGUUGCCGCUGCAAGGAUGGGAUAUGGGUAACACAGUGCCAUAUAACUUCGAGAAUGGCUCCAACUCUAUAUUCGAUGCAUAG